UGGAACUAAACAGUAUGGUAACAACUUCGUUGUUCCGCGAGGAACUCUAACCUAGCUACGGGGAUCUAUGUCUAUACAUACUGAACAUGUCCUUUGUUCUUGAUGUCUCAUUUAGAAUCCUGACACCAGGUAAAGUUAACUUUGAUCACAAUAACCCUCUAAUCAGCCCAGUGACGGGGAAGUCGGUACGAACUUGGUAUAAGCCAGGGGAAACCUGGAAUGGUGUCUUCGGGAAAUUGGCGCCGGCGAUGGAAGAGUGUAGAGCUUUUCUAAUUGCAAGUUAUCUGGCAUGUCACAACGACGUCCUCUCCUGGUGUGGAUAUGAUCGGAAUAGUAGUAUAAGCCAAGAUGAUUGUGAGUGUUCCAAUAUCAUGGCCUUAUACAGAUUCAACUAGUUGACACGGCUAAGUCCACUAUUACACAUACCUCGAGAUUGGGGUUGAGGGUCUCAGCGCUCUUCGUAGCUUUAAAGUAGAGGACCAGACCUGGGGGAAUGACCAUGACCAAGUGAGCCUAUACACUGACGUAAAGGUUCCUACAAAGCUGAAAGCCAACCUCACCAAAAGGCGAAAUUCGCAAUCCUCAAGCAUCUCCUUCAAGAUAGCGACAAGACCAUAUGGGUAGAACACGACCCUGCCUCCAAAACCCUCUUCGUCCAUCUCGACCGGUCUAAAGUCUUCUCCCACGGUCUACCCUCGCUUUCGCGCAUGAUGACCCAGAUCCACGUCUGGCACUGCACGGCUGACAUCGAUUCCUACCAGCCGGCCCGUAUACGAAGCGCUGAGCGCCGUCGACGGCGAAUACGAAAGCUGGCGGCAAAUCGUCGCGUCGAAUCCAUAGCCGAAGUGGAAGUUCGUACAGCCCAACACCUUCCUGAGAGACGAUGGCACGGUCGAGCUGAGGGAACAUCCGGCGAGUAACGAGGGUAUCAUCCAAUCGUUUUUCGAGAGGGGACUUUGAGAAAUGGAACAUGUUUUACUAUGUACAGGAUAUGCAUGGGUGGAUGUGGACGCGCUGGACUUUAAAUUAAGGGACGGGUAGCGAACGAGGCUCGAUCCGAGAUACUUCCGGAUAGGAACAUUCUUUAAUAAAUACCAUGUAUUUCCAAACGUUCAUUAUUUUAUAUUGAUAAU